UGUUUUUUUAUAACUCCAAAAUUUGAUGGCGGCAUGAGAGAUUUUUUUUUUCGACGAGUUUUUUUUUUCUACACCACACAAAUAUUGUUUUUUGUUUAAUUUUUUUUUACCACUUUGUACAGACUGUUGAUUUUGAUAUUUUAAAUAUUUACAUGGCUUUUCCACAACCAAAUUCAAGAGAAUUACAAAAUAGAAAAAUAUUAGAAGAAUUGCAAUUGAAAAAGCAGAUGCUACUUAAACAGGGGGUUGCACCCUCAUUUGGUACACCAAUAAAUCCAGCAUCAACACCAUCAGCAUCAACUUUGCCAACAACUCCAACAAAUGAUGGUGUUUCAAUGACACCAGUUCAACGUAAUGCACUAAAUAAUGCACAUGCAGCCUCAUUUGGUUUUUUUGUAACUCAAGAUUCAUCAUUUGGAAAUUUAAUACUUCCUGUUUUGCCACGUUUUGAUACAAAAUAA